CGCGCUGGAACGGUGAGCGGCGCAGAUGCGCUCGGCUCAGCAGCCCUGGCUGCGCCUGGUUCUGUCUCACUCAGCGUUUGGCGAGGAUCUGAGUCUAAGUGGCGAUUUACGGUACUUGCGUCACCAGCCUGCCACGAUGAAGUUAACUUUGAGCGCUUUGGCUAUUUUCGUUGCCCUAGUAGGUGUCUUGAGUUUCGUCUUUCUGGUAGUGGCCAUUGGCACUGAUUUUUGGUACAUCAUCGAUGCUUCGAAAUGGGAACACAACGCCUCAACCCACCUGAGCUCUCAUUCAGGACUGUGGAGAACUUGCAACUUCAAUGGCUCCUGUUCGUCUUUCAUAAGCCCGUUUGGGGCUGGCAACUUCACGGACUCCCAGAGACAACUUCUCAACAUGCACGGAGCGUUUGUGGUGUUGCUGCCACUGAGCCUUAUCCUGAUGGUGUUUGGAGGAAUGGCUGGCUUCAUCAGUGUCCUUGCCCGGGCCUACAUGCUGCUGUUGAUGACCGGAGUUCUCUUUCUUUUCGGAUCUCUCGUCACCCUUGCUGGAGUGAGCCUGUACGUUGCCUACUCCGCGGCAGCAUUCAAGGAGGCGCUGUGUCUGUUUGGGAGGAAGAAGCUGGAGAGCAUCGAUAUCCGUUUCGGCUGGUCCCUGGCUUUGGCAUGGAUCUCCUUCAUCGCAGAACUCCUCACCAGCGUUGCAUUCCUCCUGGCUUCCAGGAUCGUGUGGCUGAAGAGAAGGCAGGAGCAGGGGAUAUGAGAGGACAGCCUGAUCUCCCAAGCAAAACCCAACAACCUUUAAACCCGGCAGCUUAGGUCGCGUUUAAACUCUACUGUAGUCACUGCCUUGGCUGGUUUCACAGACCCUGAUUAGCACUAAUAUUGCACUUACUGUAUCUAAGGCAGUCUGUGAAACCGGUCAAUCUAUGACUUCAUCCACAAACACAAGGAGCAACUUGUAAGCCAAAUCUUUUGAAUCCUAGUCUGACCAAUUGAUAUAAACAUGCGGAUAUUAACCCAUUAAGUGCCAUUGUCCUCAUUGGAGGACAGGCUCAUUUAUUCUGCGCAUAUAGCAUAUGAUGAAUUUCUUGGUGUUUUUGUCUAUCCACAGUGAUGAUAAAGCUACGUUUUUUAUGUGUUGUGCUUCAGCCCCCGGCAUUAAAUUUCACUCGUCUGAUUAUACGGGCACGUCUAACGUAUCUGUCCUCAAAAUAGGACGCAGCAGUUUGUAGCCGAAACGAAGGCUUUCAUAUUUUUUUUUUUUUCUGUGAAGAAAUGUCGAUUUUGAAUGUAUCAAAUUGCAUAAAUAAAGCUUGUGUUCAGAUUUUUUUCAAGGAAAAAUAUAUUUGGUACCUAAAGGGUUAAUGUCCUGCAUAGAGUCGAAAACUGAUUGAGUGCGUCUCGUAGUGUUGGGUCCUGAUACUGACCGCAGGAAGGGAGUUUAUGGUUUUGAACGAUAGAGGGAAUGACGUUUAAACUUUUGAAUGCAAUCUGUUUAAAGAGAUACUAGACAUCUAGUACAGAACUGCAGCAAUGUUACGCAGCAUUGUUUUUCCACACACAGGCAGCUCAACACUUCUCAUUAACUCCACGCUGGGUUGUCAGUUUAGUGUCCUUAGCUCCAGUGUGCUAUGCUGUGUUUGUUAUGUUUGAACCGCUAAGGAAUUGUAAUCUGUUGCUAAGAUAUUGUGUCAUACACCCAGUGCCUUUUCAAGCUCUAUCCUUUGCAUCUUGUAUUUAUAAAGUGUCUGGAUUUUUUAAUUAAGAAACCCAAAGCUGUUGUAAGGCGCUGCUCACAUAUUGUUGUAAAGAGCAGUGACUGUCUCACAGGUUUUUGUUUGAUGUUUUUAUUCUGCAUAAGCAGGCUGUCAGUUCUUGUGUGGUAUGUUCUGGAGGCUUUUCGAUUAGAACGUUUAUUUUUUCUUUACUUUUCCUCACUUAACAGACCAACAAUAACAAUAGGCGCUCCGCGUGGAGUGCAGGAUG